AUGACAAGUGAAAUCGACUCGAAGCAGUCGGAAGUGCCAAAUGGCGGAGCCGAUACCACAGCGACGAUGCCUUCCGCGACUGAGAACAGCAAAACCGUUGAUUCUGAAACCAACGCGCGGGUGAGCAGUGAUGACCUGCCAUCCCCAGAUUCUUGUCACAAAGUCGAGAAUUAUACCGUACUGGACCGCAAGGGCGAAGCUCAUCCGUUCAAGAGUCUUUAUGAUGGGCCCGAUUCCGCCUCCCGUGAAUUUCUUACUGCCCUCACAAAUUCAAUUCGACCAGAGGAUCUGAAACGCCUGCCAGUCAGCACAUCAAUCUCUAUUGUCGGCUGUGGCGAUCCUGGCCUGAUCAAUUUUUAUGCCACUGAAACAGGAUGCCCAUUCCCGAUCUUCGCAGAUCCAACUCGCAAACUGUAUGAUGACCUUGGAAUGGUAAAUACUCUUUCCAUGGGAACCCGCCCAGAUUACAUUCGCAAGAGUCUAGUACGAACUGUCGCCGAGUCAAUUGGGCAAGCUCUGAAGCACAUUCCUAGUGGGCUGGGAACGAAAGGAGGUGAUUCUCGGCAGGUUGGCGGCGAGUUCCUCUUCGAACCAAGCGACGAAGGAGAGGGAAAGCAAGUGACCUGGUGUUACAGAAUGAAAACGACGCGUGAUCACACUGGAGUUUCGGAGCUGGUGAAGGUUCUUGAUCCAGAUGGGAGCACUCUGCUGCAGAAGGCUUAG